AUGAGCACGGCGAACGGCGAGGAAUGCAAACUGAUGCAAAGAUACCCCAGCAAAAAGAAAGACCUAAGCAAUGGCACAUGCUCAGCGAAGGAGAAAGAUGCAAGCAGAAGGAAACAAUCAUUCAAUGACUUCGAACUCGAAAUUGACGAUGACAUUAUCACUCACUUGUCUUCUCGCAUAUGCAACAAAAAUGUUACACAUAAAAUACUAAAGAUCAACAAUUUGAUAGAUGACCAGAUGCAUGACUAUAUCGCGAAUAGUCCAACGUCCGAGGUAAGUGAAUCCAACGAUGAGAGUGACACCCACGAAAGUGUGGAGAAAGCACAGUUAAAUUUACGUAAUGGUUGUGCGGUUUGUCAAAAUGGAGAUGAAGAAUCUUCCAGCAACAGCCUUUCGCACGAUAAUCCCGAAAGGAGGGGCAUCUCAUAUGAACAGAUACCCACGUAUGAGCUUAACAAGGAGGGGCAAGGGAAGAGCAAAGAGAAAAGUAAAGGUAAGGGGAAAGGACAGCUGAAUUCGGAUCGCCCCCCUUUGGAACAACACCUUGCGGAUGGGCGCACCGAUUUUGACAGAAUAAAAAUGAUAAACUUGCUAGGUGAAAACACAAUUGUAUACAACAUCCGGGAUGACCAGAACAACGUACUCUUCCUAUGCUAUGAUGAAAAGAGCGAAGAGUGCGAUGUGUGCGAUAGAUACAGGAGAAAUUACAUGUCCAAUAUGCAUCCGUCCAGUUGCGCUCACCUGCGGGGGGGAGACGCCGCCAACGGGGUUGCGGCGAUCAGCGAGAUUGCCGCGAUGAACGGGACUGUCGCGAUGAACAAGCCUGUCGCGAUGAACGGCUCUACCGCGACCAACGGGACUACCGUCCCGAACGCACUAAGCGAGUACUUCUUCGUUCUGGGGUCGACUUCCAACUCGAGGAAAUACAUACUGAAGCAGAGCAGCCUGGACUUCCUCUCAGUGCGCAUACACAUCGAUGAGAAAAAAAUAGGAUGCAGGAAAAGCCACGAUCCGCUAACCCUAACGUCCAACAUAGCAGUGGGAAAGGGAUUGAAGCUACUAAAUAUGAUUAAGACAGACAGUGCACUACACAAAAAAAUUGCCGAUCUGAGUAAAGGGAAAAAAGUUGUCCUCUUGGUCGGAGAUGAAGUCAUAUACUGCAACAACAAAAUCUACGAGAAACCAAAAAAUGAAAAGGAAGCUUCUGACUUCCUCAAAUCCUACAACAACAACAAAUGUUAUAGUUACAGUAGCAUCACGCUAAUCGAAUUAGAAACCGAAAAAAUUAUCACCGGUAUUGAUGAAUCUAUUGUUAACAUAUACGACAUGGACGAUUCAGUCGUGAAGAAAAUCCUUGAUGAUUCUUCUAUAUACUUCUGCGCAGGGGCAUUGAAAAUUGAAAACAUUCACAUGCAGAAGUAUAUAAAAGUUAUCAAAGGAAAUAUUGACAGCAUCUUCGGUUUGUCACUAAAUCUUCUCUUCCACCUUGUCAACUUUCUGUGA